CAGAUUGACUAAACUCUCGCUUCAUAUAGUCUUUCACCUUCACCUUCCCUUUGACUCGAUCUACAAGCUCAACAUAUCAUGACACUUCAGUGGGAAACACACGAAACGAACCCGAUGGAUACUCCCCGCCUAUUCGAGGGAGACACGCGCAACAGUGUGGACCAUUUCGAUGGCGAAGCCAACGUCGCGCUGAUCUCGUCUGACGGCGUCCGCUUUCAAGUCUGGGACUACGAGCUGCGAGCCGGAAGCGAAAUCUUUAGAAACUGUCUUAGCAUAGGGGAAAAGGGCAACGACCGAGUCGCCACUUUGCGCUUGGUCGAACACUCUGGGAUCAUCAGGACCAUCCUCGACGCACUGCUCUUGCCAGUCAAUAAGCUUGAAGCGAUCCCUUCAUACUGGACGUUCGAAGACGCCGCGGCAGACUAUGCCGCGGCUGAAAAAUACAUGCUGGACCGAUACAUGUCGGUCUUUCAGCGCCGCAUCGAAAAGGCCGUCCAGAUCGGGCCGUUCGAAGCAUUGAUUUGGGCGGUCUCCAAAAGCAAUGCGCGAGUUGCCAAACUGGCCAUCGAGCAGUUUGCGAAAGCGUCUCAUCUGGAGAUUCGGGCCGGCUCAGUACGAACCGAAGUCAAACCCGGACACUGGACAGCCGCCAUGAUCGAGUCGAUUGGCGUGGAAAACUACCGACAACUCGUCCGGCUCAGCAUGGACUGCAUCACCGCUUCAAUCCAGACCGGCAGGCUUCGAAUUGAUUGGCUCGCGGUCGCCGAGAAGUUCGAAUUGCAUACGGGUCGACCUGGAAUUGAGUGGGAAUGCCAAACGCCGGUCUCUUAUGCAUCAAUGUGAUCGUCGUAGGAACUUCAUAAGAAACUAGGGGUCGUACACCGACUUGACCUUGUACAUGUUGACGUUCUCGUUCGGCGUGACCACCUCUUCGUUACCGCUAUCGUUGUAACUUAUAAUUAGGACCAGGCCAACCAGGUUUGAUUUCAGGCUGA